CGGUGGCCGGGACUUCUGAUUCUACUCCUUAUUAUGGUUGUAGUUAUUCGGGGAGCCCUGGACGGAUCCGGAAGAUGUGGAUCCUACGAGUGCCGUCUCAGCAACCCAAUCUGUCGAUGUGAGUCCUUCUGCCAGGAGUUCAGUCAGCGGUGCUGGAAAUCCCCAACGGGCUGCCAUUGUGCAAGGGGUUACGCCCGUGACGAACGUGGAAACUGUGUGCCCCUUAUAAUGUGUCCCUAA